CUUUAACCCAGUAUGUUAUGACCACGAAAUUCUAGGAAAAAGCCCCUACCAGCUACAUGGUAUAAUAAGACCGGGGUUAACACGUAUGGCAUCGACAGGUCUGGUGACGGAUUGAAGUUGGUUUUAACGAUUUUAAAUGCACUACUAGCACAAUGAAGGCAGCCACGAAAACUCAAACGCGGACGCUCUGGUUGAUUGGUGGUGCUGUGAUCGCUCUCGUCAUACUGUUGCCGUUGCUGGCUGUUGUUCUUAUUGCACAUGUCAGAAUUAAUCGGUUAGAAUUAACGUUGUUAACAACAACUGAAAAUCUGCAAACUCUCGAAAGACGGGUCAUGGAAUUAGAAGACAGACUACGUUAUUCGAAUUCUGAGGACAGCGGGGACAGUGAAAACAACGACGAUACCGAACAGUUCAUGGUAGGAGACAUUCUGAAGGAUGGUGUUGACGCUGGCAGAAAGCUGUAUGAAAUGUUGAGUGACAGAGUUGAUACGCAAAGCAGGGAGAGCUCGGGAGAGUCAUUGAGUAGGAUGAAACGAAAAGGGAAGAAAAAGGACAAAUUAAGUGGUAUACAGUCAUAA